AGAGGACGGGCAAGGUGCUGGGGGAGUUCUGCCGGUGCUAUAAGGAGCAGUUCGGUGUCGCGCUCUUCAACAGCGUCCGCUAUGAGAUCGAAGGCAAUGGGGGGCCACAGGCUCAGCUGCUGCACCGCAAGGUUCCCCUGGAGGACCAUGUCAUCUACUCGGGCAACCUCUUCCACUACAUUGAGGAGAACAAGAAGUGGAGGAACCGCUUCUGCGUGGUCCCACACAACUACGGCUUGGUCCUCUAUGAGAACAAACUGGCCUAUGAGCGGGACCUGCCACCCCGUGUGCUGAUCAACAGUGCUGGCUACAGGAUCCUCACCACGGUGGACCAGUACCUGGAGCUGGUGAACAGCAGCCUGCCUGGUGUGACACCCAAAUUGGGGCAGACCCCCAUCUUUAAGUGCCCCACGGAUUUCCCCCUCAUUCUUUGGCACCCCUAUGCCCGGCACUAUUACUUCUGUGUGAUGACAAGCAAGGAGCAGGAGAAGUGGAAGGCAGUGUUCCAGGACUGUGUGCGGCACUGCAACAACGGGACCCCUCAAAAGCAUCUCUCCAAAGUGGAGGCUCCAGCCUUCACGGAGGCAGUCCGCAUGUACCGCCAGUCGAAGGAGCAGUACGGCACGUGGGACAUGCUGUGUGGCAACGAAACCCAGGUCCUGAGCAACCUGGUGAUGGAGGAGCUGCUGCCCGAGCUGAGGAACACCAUUGGGCCCCGCCUGAAGGGCAAAGCGCAGGAGCGCCAACGGACAUGGAUCCAGAUCUCAGAUGCUGUCUAUAGGAUGGUCUAUGAGCAGACCAAUGCUCAGUAUGACGCAGCAAUGGCCAAGUGCGAGCAGGAGCGGCCCCAGAUGGAGAGCACUAUCCGCACGGACAUGGACCAGAUCAUCACCUCCAAGGAGCACCUGGCCAGCAAGAUCCGAGCAUUUGUCCUCCCCAAAGCGGAGGUGUGUGUCCGUAACCAUGUCCAGCCCUAUAUCCCCUCCAUCCUGGAGGCCCUGAUGACCCCCACGAGCCAGGGCUUCGCCGAGGUGCGGGAGGUGUUCUUCAAGGAGGUGACGGACAUGAACAUGAACAUCGUCAAUGAAGGUGGCCUGGAGAAGCUGGUGGAGUACAUGGAGAAGCUUUCCCACCUGGCCUUCCACCCGGUCAAGAUGCAGUCGUGCUAUGAGAAGAUGGACCAGCUGAAACUGGAGGGUCUUCAGCAGCGAUUUGAUGUUACCAGCACAUCUGUCUUCAAGCAGAGGGCCCAGAUCCACAUGAGACAGCAAAUGGAUGAUGCUGUGUACACAUUCGAGACGCUGCUCCACCAGGAGCUGGGGAAGCUGCAGGGCAAGGACGACCUGUGCAAGUCCAUCCAGCGCAUCCUUGAGAGGGUGCUCAAGAAAUACGACUACGACAGCAGCACUGUGCGGAAGAAGUUCUUCAGGGAGGCCCUGCUGCAGAUCACCAUCCCCUUUCUGCUGAAAAAGCUGGCGCCGACCUGCAAGGGGGAAUUAGCCAAGUUUCAGGAGCUGAUCUUCGAGGACUUUGCCAGCUUCAUCCUCGUGGAGAACACUUACGAGGAGGUCGUGCUACAGUCAGUGAUGAAAGACAUCAUGCAAG